UGGCUGGCUUAAGAUUCAUGGAAGGAAGGAAGUUCUAACUAAAGUAGCCCCAGGAAGCGGGACAGGGAGGUAAACUUGCCACCCACAGGGCCUGUUUAGCGUGCGUACCGUCUGAUGCGUACGGGUGUGUAAAGAUAUAUGUGUGUGUGUGUAUAUGUAUGGACAAACUCGAUUGUCAUCCUCAACCUCAGCCUCACCUUUCGAUUGGCAUUGGAUGGAUUCUGGCCCAUUCUGACCCAAGUAACUAUGUCAUUGAUGGAGUAAGGGAGCAUCCAAGGAGGAACCACACGACGAGUGAAUCAACGAGCGAGUGCGUCAGCCUUUGGUGGGCUUCGGUCCCCAGGCCCCUCCCCCAUCAUGGAGGACCUCAUUGAGGCCGGGGUCAGCCUCUACCAGAACUUUCUGCGCCGUGACGCCUCCGAAUCGACCUCCCACCCGUCCAAAGACGCCAAUUUGGACCCCGCGGACCCAGCCCAUGGGGUUGAGCCCGAUGAGGCGGGAUUCCCGGUGACCGAGUCGCCCAUAUGGAUCUUAGGCCAGGACUAUGUGAACUCCGGCUCCGCCCCAGAUGUGGGCCUUUUGCGGCGACGUUUGAGUAGCUUGCUCUGGUUCAGUUAUCGCAGUGGGUUUCCGGAAAUCGCCUCCAGUGGCUUCACGUCCGACCGGGGUUGGGGUUGUAUGCUCCGAUGCGGCCAAAUGAUGUUAGCCGAAGCUUUGAUCAGAUUACAUUUAGGCUCGAAAUGGCGUUGGGAAGUGGAUACGACAGAUGAGCAAUAUUUGGACAUCUUAAAGUUGUUUCAAGAUCUACCCUCUGCCCCUUACGGUAUUCAUAAGAUCGCUCUCAUGGGGGAAUCUACGGAACGGAAACCGAUUGGGACUUGGUUUGGACCCAAUACCGUGGCUCAAGUUUUAAAAAAAUUGGCCGCCUUCGAUCAAAAAGAUCACAUGAAACUUCAUAUUGCUUUGGAUAACAUGGUUGUCAUAGAUGAGAUCAAAGCCUUGGCCCAAUCAGGUUCUGAGGCUCUUUGGAACCCUCUGACAUUGGUAAUCCCACUCAGACUUGGUCUUACCGAAGUUAAUCCCGUGUACUUCCAAGAUUUGAAGGAAACGUUCGAGCUUCCCCAAUGCAUUGGAGUAAUGGGUGGUCGACCCAAUCACGCCUUAUACUUCAUCGGCUACGCCGACGACGAAGUUCUUUGUUUGGAUCCUCAUCAAACCCAAGUGUCCGGAUCAGUGGGCACUAAAAGCAAUGAAGACGAGGUCACUUUGGACAGUUCCUAUCAUCAACGCAAGGUCUCACGAUUAGCCAUCGAUCAAUUGGACCCGAGUUUGGCUCUGUGUUUCUUUUGCUCGAGUGAAACUGAAUUCGACGACUUGUGCCAAGGCAUCCGUCAACGUCUGAUUCACUGCCGAUCCACGCCGUUGUUUGAGUUAUGUCGUCAAAGGCCAGCCGCUCUAAGGACAGCGACAGCCUUGGAGGCGUCCACUACAUUCAAGUUUCAUUCCCGAGACAACAGUACGCCAGAGGCCUCAAGGGAUGUCGGCUCUCCCACGAGCUCUGAUGGAUCGGAUGAAGAAGAAGACUUUGAGAUCCUGUGAUUGUACAGUAAAAUGAUAUCAUGAUUUGAUACCGAAAAUGUAAAUCAAAAGAGAA